GGAGUAUGCGUAGGAGAGAGUGUGUUUCCCAUUAGUCUCAUCAUCUAAACUUAUACUCCUACUUCACUAUGGAUACCUGGUAUUUGCUUAUAUCACUGAAAAUGGAAACCACCUGUUUGACUUUAUUGAAAGCAAUGUUAUGCUAGCAUCAUUUCAACAGCAAAGUGAUGCACUGAAUGAUCAUGUAAACUGCAUCAAUUUCACAUCUCAGAUCAGAGCCAGCCAUGGGGAAAGGAUAUUACAUCAGCAAACAUGUGGCCUCUGCAGCAAUGGCACUGGCCGCAAUAGCCUUGGCAACCAUCAUUGCAUUAUCCAUUGUUUACAAUCGAGAAAAGGCCAAAAAUGCAGCAAAAUUGAAUGAUAUAACCACAUCAUCAGUACCACCCACCCCAAAGACUUCAAAUGAACCCUGGGACAAAUACAGGCUGCCUGAUACUUUGUCUCCUCAGUACUACAAUGUGACUCUUUGGCCCCGUCUGGUGAUGGACGCCAGCGGAAUGUACAUUUUCACAGGGAACUCUGGAGUGAAGUUUACUUGCGUGACGAAGACAGACUUGAUAUUAAUUCACUCCAACAAGCUAAACUUGACUCUCUUCAAGGGGAACCAUGCUAAGCUACUGGGUUUGGGUGGUGUAACAGCUCCAGCCAUAAAAAAAUCCUGGUUUCAGACGGAAACGCAUUAUUUGGUGAUUCAGCUGGAGGAAAAACUGAAACCUGGAAAGUCCUACUGGCUCUAUACAGAAUUCAGAGGAGAGCUUGCUGAUGACCUGGAGGGUUUCUACAGGAGUGAAUACAUGGAAGAUGGCACAAAAAAAAUUAUCGCCAUCACUCAGAUGCAGGCCACCUUUGCUAGAAAUGCUUUCCCAUGUUUCGAUGAACCUGGCAUGAAGGCUGUGUUUCAUAUUACUCUCAUUCAUGAUGUAGGAACGGUUGCCCUGUCAAACAGCCAAGAAAUUAAGGCAGAAAAUGUCACCAUCGAUGGAACUACCGUUACCCGAACUAUAUUUGAGCCCACAAAGAGGAUGUCAACUUAUCUUGUUGCAUUUGUUGUCAGUGAUUUUAUAUACAUCAGUGCUGCAGACAACAAGGGUGUUUUGGUUAGAAUAUGGGCACGGAAAAAAGCCAUCUCAGAGGGACAAGGAAACUAUGCACUCACCAUCACCCAGCCAAUACUGGAGUUCUUUGAGAAGUACUACAACACAAGCUAUCCACUUUCUAAGUCAGACCAGAUUGCUCUGCCUGACUUCAAAUCUGGUGCCAUGGAAAACUGGGGUCUUGUCACUUACAGAGAGACGGCCCUUCUAUAUGACCCCCAGACGUCUGCCAUUGGCAAUAAACAGAGGAUUGUGACUGUGGUUUCUCAUGAGCUGGCUCACAUGUGGUUUGGAAACCUUGUGACGCUGAAAUGGUGGAAUGAUCUCUGGCUGAACGAAGGGUUCGCUUCGUAUGUGGAGUAUCUGGGCGCUAAUCAUGCAGAGCCCACCUGGAACAUUAAAGACCAGAUCAUUGUGUAUGAUCUGCAAAGAGCGUUUGCAAUGGACAGUCUGGCCUCCUCUCAUCCCCUCUCUCGGAAGGAAGAAGAGGUCAACACCCCCUCAGAAAUAAGCGAAAUGUUCAAUACCAUAUCCUACAACAAGGGAGCUGCAGUGCUUAAAAUGCUCUCAGAAUUCCUGACAGAGCCUGUGUUUGCCAAGGGACUGAGUAGUUAUCUGAAGCAGUUUGCGUUUGGAAGCUCUGUGCAUUCAGAUCUUUGGGAUCAUCUUCAAAAGGCCGUUGAUCAAACUCCAGGGGUGAAACUACCAUAUAGUGUUCAUGAUAUCAUGAACCGCUGGAUUCUACAGAUGGGUUUCCCUGUAGUCACCAUUGACACUCAAACAGGGAACGUCAGCCAAAAACACUUUCUGGUCGAGCCAGAAGCAGUAGUGGACAGGAAAUCUGAAUUCAAUUAUGAAUGGUUUGUGCCUAUCACAUGGAUGAAGAAAGGUCGGGUACUAGAUCAACUGUGGCUUCUACAGAAAUCAGCCAUACACAAACCCAUGAAAGUCAGCAAAAAUGAAUGGGUGCUGGCCAACCUCCAAGUGUCUGGAUACUUCAGAGUGAAUUAUGACCUUGGGAACUGGGAGCGUCUUCUCAUGCAGCUAGAAUCAAACCACCAGAUGAUACCAGUACUUAACAGAGCUCAGAUUUUGGAUGAUGCAUUUAAUUUAGCAAGAGCAUCCAUUAUAAACAUAACACUCGCCCUGAGAACAACUAAAUAUCUUUUGCAUGAGCGGGAAUACAUUCCAUGGGAGGCGGCCUCAAGAAAUCUCAACUAUUUUUUCCAAAUGUUUGAUCGCAGUGAAGUUUAUGGUGCCAUGCAGGCUUAUCUCAAGAAACUAGUCAAACCUCUCUUUGAGAAUUUUAAAGCUAUCACCUCAAACUGGACAACGGUACCCUCUGGCCACACUGAUCAGUUCACACAAAUCAUUGCACUGUCACUAGCUUGCAGUACUGGUGUGGAGGGAUGCAGAGAUCUAACCAAGAGCUGGUUCAGAAGAUGGAUGCAGAAUCCUGAUAUCAACACGAUCCAUCCCAACCUGAGGUCUACAGUGUACUGUAAUGCCAUUUCUGCAGGCAGCGCAGAGGAGUGGAAUUUUGGCUGGCAGAUGUUCCAGAAGGCCACAAUUGCAGCUGAAGCUGUGAAACUCAGAUCAGCUCUGGCCUGUACCCAAGUACCCUGGUUACUUAACAGGUACCUGGAAUAUACAAUUAACCCAGAAAAGAUACGAAAGCAAGAUGCCACUUCUACCAUAGGGUACAUUGCCAGUAACGUUGUUGGCCAGCCUUUAGCAUGGGACUUUGUUCGGGCUAAUUGGGACUAUUUUUUCAAAAUGUAUGGCACUGGAUCAUUCACUUUCCCAAGACUAAUUGGUGACAUCACCAACAGAUUCAGCACACCAUUUGAGCUAAAUCAGUUGAAACGUCUCCAAAAAGACAAUGCUGAGACCGGAUUUGGCUCGGGAACUCAAGCCCUGCAACAGGCCAUAGAGAAGACAACAGCCAAGAUUAAGUGGCUGGCAGAAAACAAGGAACCAGUGCUGCAGUGGUUCAUCUCAGAAUCAGCGUAACAUCAUGUCCAUGCGGAUCAGAGUGAUCAGUUCAGUGUCACUUCUGUCGUUUCAGCUAGAUGCACUUAAAGGGAUAGUUCACCCAAAAAUGAAAAUUCUCUCAUCAUUUACUCACCCUCAUGCUGUUCCAGAUUACUUUAUUUUUUCUGCUGAACACAAAAGAAGAUUUUUAGAAGUAUAUCUCAGCUCUCUGGUCUGGCCACCAUUCGCUUGCAUUGUAAAGACUAACAGAGCUGAUAAAUUCUUCAGUAAAUAUUUGUGUUCUGCAGAAGACAGAAAGUCAUACACAUCUGGGAUGGCUUGAGGGUGAGUAAAUAAGUAUGGGAAUUUUCAUUUUGGGGUGAAAUUCAAAUUAAAUUUGAAAAUGAAAAUGUUAUUAUCAUUUACUCACCCUCAUGUCCUUCCCAACCAGUAUUGUUUUCUGUAUUUCUUUCUUUUUUUUCCAUGAAACUCAAAAGUUACUGUAUGUAAGCAUACAGUGAUCAGGGGCUAUUAAGAUAAAAAAUAAAAAAAGACAAAGAAGCAUGUGGAUAUGGCAAUAUGUGGAUGCAUGAAGAAAGUGAAUAAAUGAUAACAGAAUUUACCAGUAUUGCUUUAAACUGAGAUCUGCUUUUCUUUGAGUGUAUUGUAAUAUCUGAUCCUUGAACUCAUUAGAAAAUUAAUCCUGUAAUGUGGCUGGAUAAAAAAUAAAUAAAUGCUUGCUUAAUUAAUUUAGCAGAUACUUUUAUCCAAAGGCUAGUUAAAGCGCAUAUAUCACAAGAACUGUCCUUUUGUACCAAUCUGCGGUUUGGUAUCCAUUGCUCCAGCUACAUGCUGAUAGUUCAUGGGUUGCCCCUUCUAUGGUUUGAACUUAAAACAUUUUGACUACCAGCCCAGAUAUAUAACCACUUGACCACGUUACCCUAAUGCAAAUAAGGGCUAAAGUACAUACAAAGACUAUGCAAAAUACACUGACAAUGGAUCUCCUCAGUAUUUUAAGAGCAGUGAGCCUGUUUCAGAAUUGUAUGCAAUUGUGUAUAAUUAUCUUUAUUAUGUUACCUUGCAAUUGUUGCUGUGGUGAUAUCAUAUGCUUUUAUGCCACUGUUACACAGUAGCCUGCAAGACAAGUAGGCUUUGUAUAAAUAAACAUUUUUAUGAUGUUUUUUUUUUUUUUUUUUGUACAUGUGCUUUUACAUUUGUCAUUUUGUUGUUCCUGUUGAAUAAAUAUGCAAGUUUUGGAAA